AUGGCCGCUGGAGAGGAGGGAGAGGAAAAGGCAUGUCAGGGUGGCUCUCCUCCGCUGCUCCUCGGCCUCUCCGGCCGGCGGCUGCCUCUCUUCUCCGAUCAGCUACACCCAGAGCCAGACGCUCCCCGCCCCGUCGGCCGCUUCUCCUCCCUCCGUCCCUCCCCGCCGCUCCCCCUUACCCCGCUCGGGCACCCCGAGCACCCGCCCGUUCCCUCAGCGCGGCGCGGCGAGGGGAGCGCGCCCCGGGCCCGCCCAACGGCCGCCUCGCGCCGGGCCGUUCGUCAGCCCGCCCCGGGGGUCACAGCCAUCUUGGCCGCCGGCGGGCAGCCCGCGCCUCUCCCCCUCGGUCUGUCACCGGCCUCUGCGGGGCAGGGGCAGGGGCAGGGGCAGGCCGGCCAUCUCCUCCUCCCCGCCCGACCCGACCCGACCCGACCCGAUGGGUGUCCAAACAGGCCUGCAGACUGGAAAGUGCCAACUCAGGGGGACACAGGCAGUACCAGUUGUGCACCACAGUGGCCACCAAAGGCAGGUGGUGAAGAGGUCAGCAGCUGCAGGUACAGAUGCUGGAGUUUGGACGGCACCCAGCAGCCUUGCCGGGAGGGUGGACCCGGUGUGGCAAGGAUGGGCACCGGUCCCUCGUGGUGGCAGCGGGUCGCCAGGCCCUGCUCAUGCCACAGCUCCUGCUCACACCAGUGUCCUUCCCUUCCGCAGUGCGUGGCCAUGUUGCCUCCGGUGGCACAGUUAAAGAGGAUUCUUCUACCGCUCUAGCCCCAGGAAGCCUUAAGAAAGUCCCUUCCCAGAGGCCAGAUCCUUCCUGGGACUUGCCAGGCGCAGGGUAAGGCUAGCAGACCAAUUUCAAUAUGUAUUUUUUUCAGACCUCUACCCGGUCUUACUGCACUCACCAGUGCAACGUCGCACUGACUUCCCACGCAAAAUUAAUGAGUGAGCGACUUCUCUCUGCAUUUCUUCCCUUCCCAGCUCCUGAUUGUUCAGCCUACAGGCUGGCACUGGUGUUGUCUCCCAUCAUUUCUUAGCACAGAGUCUGGCACAAAGGGACUCUGAUCUCCACAGAUCUAAGCCCUGCUGUAUCAAUAGCUAAUUAAAGUU